UGUCAUCAUCCCCUCCACAAUGCCAGGGAAUACUACUACAUAUUUUCUUAGCAGCAUUACGUCGAACACUUUUCAAAUUUCAGGCCCAGAACCCAAUUACUCGCCGGAGAAUCAUGGCCGGCGUUCUGAAUUUCACGUCAUUACCACCGGUUUCUAGACCCCUUUGGCGUCAGCACAAAGCAAAAAUACCAAGUAGUAGCAGGGUUUCUGUAAUAAGAUCGUCGACAGAAGUUUCCGAGACAUCUUCUACUCCUUCUAUUUCGAUUAAAGAGGAACCACAAUUAGGGUUUUCUGUAAUCACUCCUCCGCCCAACUUCAAGGCUCCUGAGCCGAAGCGUUUUGCGGUUAGGCCGGAUAAGGUUAUCGACGUUGUUACUGCUAGUCUGAACCUGUUGUUUCGAUUAGGGACUGGUGUUUUUGUUUCUGGGUAUUCAGUUUCUUUUGUGCCAAAAAAUGAGAUUCCAUCCAGCCAAUAUGGUCUCGAAGUUGCCGGCUUUGUUGCAAAAGAAAGCUCAAAACUAGGCCCCCGACCGGAAAAGCCUAUUGAGAUAUACGAGUUUGAAGGCUGCCCUUUCUGUCGGAAGGUGAGGGAAAUUGUUGCAGUGUUGGACCUUGAUGUAUUAUAUUAUCCUUGCCCAAGAAAUGGGCCAAAUUUUCGUCCCAAGGUUGGCCAGAUGGGUGGGAAACAGAUGUUUCCAUACAUGGUAGAUCCAAAUACAGGAGUUUCAAUGUACGAAUCAGAUGACAUUAUAAAGUAUCUUGCCCAGAAAUAUGGAGAUGGAACCGUGCCAUUAUCUCUGUCACUUGGUCUGUUGACAACUUUGACCGCAGGUUUUGCCAUGAUUGGUCGUAUGGGGAAGGGAAGCAUCUAUACAAAGUCAAAGAUGCCGGCACAACCUCUUGAAGUAUGGUCCUAUGAGGCAUCCCCUUUUAGCAAACUUGUGCGUGAAGUACUUGUAGAGUUGGAGCUACCACACAUUCUUCAUAGUUGUGCUCGUGGCAGCCCAAAACGACAAGAAUUAUUUGCGAGGGUCGGGAAUUUUCAGGCACCUUACUUAGAAGAUCCGAACACAGGGGUGAAAAUGUUUGAGAGUGCUGAAAUCAUCGACUAUUUAAGAGCAACUUACGUUCUUUGAGAAGAAAGGCGAUCUGAUGGCUAAGGUUUCUCUCGAUCCCUUUUUAUGUGUAUUAAUUUGAUAAACUUCAAACCCUCUUUUAUGUGAAGGUAUAUUGCACUAGAAAUAUGUUUCCAUGGAAACAUUAAAAGGGUACAUAAAUUAUUUCAAAUACUGAUCAAAUGAUUGUGUUCUUGGUUCUAGAGUUUGGACUUGUGAUC